AUGUGGAUGACCCAUCUCCGGGUGAUUCGCAGGAUGGAUGUUAUUGGUGGUGAGAGAUUGGAUUCGAUUGAGACACAGUUGUCCCAGCUCACGAGCAUAAUCAAGUCGCUUGUUGGGCAACGAGGUGAUAAGGUGGAGUCCUCUGUUGGUUCUGCUGCGCCGGGAAGCGGCGGAACAGAGAACGGGGCUGGUGCGCAUCAAUCGGAUGCAACCAGUGGGACUGCGGGAGGUACGGGCGGCGAUGCUCCAGUCCUUGGCAUGUCCAGCGUUGGGGUUGGGAGUGGUAGUCCUGCAGGCGCAGGCUCAGGCUUGAACCGUAGUGCAACUGAUGUUAAUCGGGUUGGGAGUAGUGGUCUCUUAGACUCGGGCUUGACCCCUGAUGUAUCUACAGUACAUCGUUCCUCUGUUGGUGCCGCAAACUUUGGUUCGAUCGGAAUUGGGAGUGGGGCACCAGGUAGCCAGUCUUUCUUUCCGCCCCCGUCUGCUCCAUCGAGUGAGUGGUGGGGACAUGCCGCCAGUGGAAACACACUGAUCCCUGGGGCCGGCAUUUCAGACACAGGAGAGAAGUUGGGUAGGAGCCCUUUUAAAGUUUUCAAAGCUCCUGUUUUCGAAGGGACUGAUGUCUCGAAUCCAUCGUGGUCGCAGAACGUUUUGCUGAGUGCCCGUCACAACAAUCUGUAUGAAGCGUUUGUGUCAAUGCAUGACAUUCCGAUUGCAGACAUUGGAUUCGAUUUGACCCCCUUGGUAGACAAAGGAUACAGCGUGGGCGUGCUGCGCCAGGCAGAGAUGGCAUGGUGGUUUCUGUUUGACUGCCUGAAGAAAGAUUCCCUCAAAACCAUGGCUAGGCAUGCUGGAUCCCCCAGCAAGGUAUUUCGAGUGUUGAAUCAUUUUCUGUGUCAGAAUCAGAUCCGUGCGAUAGGCCCUGGCAAUUGGGUGGGCCAUGGAGAUAAGAUGUUGCUCGACGACGGUGAGGCCCAUGAGCUGAGGGACGAGAUCAUCUGGGAUCAUGCUGUUGCCGCUUCCAAACUUCGGAACCUGUGGGGCGUUGGGGUGGGCGUACAGCCACUGUUGAUCCUUUGUGCACCUAAGAGGGAAUCGUCGAGAGAGGGUCAAAAGAGGGCGUCAAGAAGGGCUGCACGAAGGUUGGGGACGACGGUGGGGGACGACGAUGGGCUGGGGGAAGAGACCUCAGCCACGCAACAGCAACACGCCGAGGAUCCGGCGAUUGCGAGGCUGGAGGGCCAGUUAUCGCAACUGAUGAGCGUAGUGAUGGAGUUGAAGAGGAAGGAGCCUGGUGACGCCGUGGCGGGCGAUGCCAGUAGGGGCAGCGGUGCUGCCGUCCCAAGCCAGAGAGAGGCUCUGCCGCCUGGGGGCGGCGGGGCAUUUUCCCGGGAAACGGCCCGUGAUGGGCGAAAUCACCCGCGGGAAAGCAGCUGGGACAACAUACCGGGAGCGAGUCCUGGGGUUCCAGCGAGAGUGACGACUGGCUGGGCAAGUAGAUCGGGAGCGAAUCCUGUGGGGCCAGCCGGAAUGAGCCCGGGCGUAGGACCGGACCGCGGGGAAGCGAGGGGGUUAAGCCCCCAAGGCUUGGACGGGCAGCUUAUCGGCAACGCCGAGAAGCACGCACCCGUCGGUGACCCAAACAGGCCUAGCUCGGAGCUGUAUAGCUUGGGCUACACAAGUGAUGAGGUUCAGAGGGGCCUCCAGGCGUUCCACUUUGUGACUACAGCCAUCGUCCGAGAAGCCGACAAGGCAAUCGUGAACAAAUGCGAGACCGCAAAGGAAAUUCUUGCGGAACUCGACAAAGUACACAACCCGGAGUCGCAGGGCUCGAAACAAGCCCUCAUGAAGAAGAUGUUUCGAUUCACGAUCCCCGCACACAGCAACAGCAACCCUGUCGAGCAUCUAUACACGCUCGAGCUGCUGUACUCACGACUGCGGGAAAAAGGGCUCAACGCUGACACACCCUUUGUUCUCGCACACUUUGUCGAUGCCCUUCCACCCGAGUACCAACAAGCCAAAUUCUUGUUGGAGACGGCUACAACUCUGGACCGGGGCGAGAUAAUCAGGGUCGUCAGUACCGUGCACGCGAGCCUCCCGGAGGGGAGGAGGGCCACGAAGGGCCAGCGGAAGGCGGAGCAUGCUUUCCUCGCGAGCGACGGUGGCAACAGGGGCGGAGCGCCCGGCCGCAGCAGCGGCGGCCACAGCAAGGGCGGCGGCGGCGGUGGCAGCCAGAAGGGGAAAGGGGGUGGUCGCAAGGGCGGUGGUGGUGGCAACAGCGGCGGAGGCGGCGGCGGUGCAGGUAGCAUGCACGGCCGCUGCUUCCGGUGCGGAGAGAAGGGUCACCAGGCGGCCGCCUGUACCAAGCCGGAGCCCCUGCGAUGCGAGAAAUGCCUGGGCUACGGACACGACAAGAGCAAGUGCUCGUCCGAGCAGGCGGUGCUCGCGGUGGAGCUGCCGGUCUUGGACGCCACCGCACUGGACGUGGCAGAGGAGGCGCUAGUGGUCCGUGACUUCACAGGCGAGUGGAACAGAGUCGUUGAUCGAGGGGGUGUAGAGCAGGCCAGGCAGGAAAGGUUUGUGGCCGAUACCGGCGCAACCAACCACAUGUUCCCGAGCGCUAACGCGUUCGAAAACUACCAUGAGUGCGAUCGACGUUUGAGUGUCGCCGCAGGGAAGCAAGCCUUCGCCAUAGUAGGCUACGGCGACGUGAGGGUGACCAUCGGUUCUCGCGUUGGGACCACAGACCUGCUGUUGAAACGGGUCGCUCAUGUGCCGGAGCUGAAUUACAACCUCGUGUCCCUCACAGCCCUUUUGAAGCAAACCAAGGGCCGCUUAGCCGCAGACGAGCGUGAGUUGGAGGUGUUCGUUGGUGGGGGGGAGUCGGUGUACUUCCCUCUAUGGGGGGACCUGUUCGUUCAGACUGGUCACCGCAUAGACUCGGGUAGGGAACUAGCCUGUGCCAUAAUUGCUCCUGGUAACGCGAAAGCGAACCGCACCCCCGUUGACAUCAACGACUUCCACUGCGCGCACGGCCACUCCCACGAGGUGCUGCUGAAGAACACGGCGAAGCAGCAAGGGGUGACGCUGGUGGGCCAGCUCCGGGAGUGCAUGGGGUGCUCGACGGCAAAGGGGCUAUCCAAGCCCAUCCCCAACAGGACGUCCACCCGUGCACCGCUGCCUCCCAUUGCAGAGGAGGACGAGGAGCUCACGACUGGGGAGCACGAGGGCGGGGAGGGUGCGUCAUGCCACGGUGGAGGGAGGGCGGAGGGAGAACCUGAGGAUGGAGGUUUCCACCUUGACACGACGGCAAACCCGGGGCCCGCGGAGCCGCCCGCGCGUGAUGCGCCGGCGGCGCCGCCGGCCGCGCCCCAGGAGUCGGGCGCGGGCGACGCUGGCGAUGGCGCCCCCUCGAGCAGGGAGGGCGCGAGCGUCGCCCCAUCUACCACGUCGACCGGGAUGGCCGAUGUGGGCGGCGGCGAGGACGACCGUCGCAGCAGCAGCAGCCGCGGUGGCGGCAGCAGCAGCAGCAGCAGCAGCAGCAGCAGCAGCAGCAGCAACAGCAGCGGUAGCGGCAGUGACAGCGGCAGCGACACGGACAUCCCGGCCCUCCGCGGGCCCGAGGGACGGAAGCUCGCCCGCUUUGGCGAGCCGGCGGAGCUCACCAGCCGCCGACUCAGGGAGAACCCUCGCCGGAACAUGAGGUACGAGUCGUCGCCGUCGCCAACGAGUGCCGAAGGCCUGCUCGCCCGCCAUGCGUCGGAGGCGGGGCUGCCCAUCCUGCCCAUCAACAGCACGACGGAGCACACCCACUGGAUGAUCGCGUGUGUGGUCGACGUGGUGGAAGAGCUAGAGGCGAGGGCGGUGCAAGCGCUGCUGUGCGAGCGCGCGGAGGAGGCCAACAUCGCGCGCCAAGAGGCAGAGGACUUCCUGCUGGGAGCGGAGGACCUCGUGCUCAACUCUCCAGACGCCUUCGCGAGGGCCCUGGCGUCGACCGAGCUGAGUACAGAAUCCCCCAUAGGCAAGCGACCGAAGCGGGAUGACGAGAGUGGAGGGGAAUGGCCGGUGAGGGAGGCCAUCGGCAGCAUGAUGUGGGUGUCGACGUUCUCGCGCCCGGACAUCUCGUUCGCCGUGCGUGCGGUAGCGCGCCAUGCCCAUGCCCCUGCCGAGAGGCACUGGAAGGCGAUCGUGAAGAUCCUCGCCUACCUCAAAGAGACGAGGGACCUCGGGAUCACCUACGAACGGGGAUCGGGGUUGGGGCUGGCGGUGUACGUGGACGCUAGCUACGCCGACGCUGAGGAUAGGCGUUCGGUGUCAGGGCUGGCAACAACGGUUGGAGGGACCGUCAUCAGCCACGGUAGCAAGACGCAAGCUAUCGUAUCUUUGUCGUCUACGGAGGCAGAGUACAUUGCUGCCGGGGAGGGUGUGAAGGAAGCUUUGUUUGUGCGUGCAGUGCUUUCGUUUAUUGCCCCAGAGACCAGUGGCAGCAGCAUUCAGGUCCUUGAGGACAAUCAGGGGGCUAUGGCUUUGGUGCAGAACCCCCUCAGCUCAGCGCGUAGCAAGCACAUCGACGUGAGGUACCACUUCAUUCGUGGAUUGUUCAGGUCGGGGGACAUCUCGAUCAAGUUUGUGUCGACGUCGGAGCAGCAUGCCGACAUGCUUACCAAGGCUCUUAGCAAGAGCAGUCUGCAGUACCACCGGCGCAAGUUGAUGAAUUUGCCGGAGUAG